AGAAAGUAGAGGCAGAAAACUAUAGAUAGGGAACUAAGCCAAUAAGGGAGAGGAGAGGCGAAGACAACGAACCAGGUGACGCAACGUGGCGAUCAUCGACGAGAGGGAGACCGAUCGUCCGGUGGUUCCCGUGGGGGAACUGGGAAGGGAUUAAGCAAUGAAUGUUAUUAGGGGCAUAGGGCAUAUAGGGCAUAUUCUUUCUUCCACAUGACGCGAGGUAACGUCGUCGUUUAAGCCAGUAGGGGGGGGCCACCUCUAUCGCAGAACUUUUGCUAUAAAUAGACGUCUCUGGGAUACUUGGGCUGUAUACGUGUUUUUCACUUUUCAGUUUUCAGUUCGCCGCACCAGCUGCCUUUCUUUCCGUCCGUCCCUUUCUGUUUUUUUAGUGCGAGUGAGAGAUCAUGUGUGGGAUACUUGCAGUUCUGGGUAGCUCUGAUGAUUCGCAGGCGAAAAGGGUUCGAGUGCUCGAGCUCUCUCGCAGAUUGAAGCACAGGGGACCUGAUUGGAGUGGGAUUUACCAGCACGGUGGAAACUUUUUGGCUCAUCAGAGGCUAGCUAUUAUAGAUCCAACUUCUGGGGACCAACCUCUUUUUAACGAAGAUAAGAAGAUCGUCGUUACAGUAAAUGGUGAGAUCUACAACCAUGAAGAACUGAGAAGCCGCUUGCACAAUCACAAGUUCCGAACCGGAAGCGAUUGUGAUGUUAUAGCCCAUCUGUAUGAGGAGUAUGGAGAGGAUUUCGUGGACAUGUUGGAUGGAAUGUUCUCGUUUGUGUUAUUUGACACCAGAGACAACAGCUUCAUUGUUGCCCGAGAUGCCAUUGGGAUCACCUCCCUCUAUAUCGGCUGGGGACUUGAUGGAUCAAUUUGGGUAUCAUCUGAAAUGAAAGCACUUAAUGAUGAUUGUGAACAUUUUGAAUCCUUUCCCCCUGGUCACUUGUACUCAAGCAAAGCAGGUGGAAUGCGGAGAUGGUACAACCCUCCUUGGUUCUCUGAGGCUAUUCCAUCAACUCCAUAUGAUCCGCUAAUCCUCAGACGUGCUUUUGAGAAUGCUGUAAUCAAGAGGCUAAUGACUGAUGUUCCCUUUGGAGUUCUGUUAUCAGGGGGUCUAGAUUCAUCAUUAGUUGCCUCCAUCACGGCUAGAUAUUUUGCAGGCACAAAGGCUGCCAAGCAAUGGGGAACACAGCUCCACUCCUUUUGUGUCGGCCUGGAGGGCUCCCCUGAUUUGAAAGCUGCAAAAGAGGUUGCCGAUUAUCUAGGUACCAUUCAUCAUGAGUUUCACUUUACAGUUCAGGAUGGUAUUGAUGCCAUUGAAGAUGUUAUCUAUCACAUUGAAACAUAUGAUGUCACUACAAUCAGGGCAAGUACUCCUAUGUUUCUUAUGUCUCGCAAGAUCAAAUCAUUGGGAGUGAAGAUGGUGAUCUCUGGAGAAGGCUCUGAUGAAAUAUUUGGUGGGUACUUGUAUUUUCACAAGGCUCCCAACAAGGAAGAGUUCCACUGGGAGACCUGUAGGAAGAUAAAGGCUCUUCACCAGUAUGAUUGCUUGAGAGCUAACAAAGCAACCUCUGCCUGGGGUCUGGAAGCACGAGUGCCAUUCUUAGAUAAGGAAUUCAUCAACGUUGCAAUGGAUAUUGAUCCUGAGUGGAAGAUGAUAAAACCUGAUCAGGGACGGAUCGAAAAGUGGGUUCUCAGGAAGGCUUUUGAUGAUGAUGAACAACCUUAUCUGCCAAAGCAUAUUCUUUAUAGGCAAAAAGAGCAAUUUAGCGAUGGUGUUGGGUAUAGCUGGAUUGAUGGCCUCAAGGCCCAUGCUGCACAACAUGUGAUGGAUAAGAUGAUGCUUAAUGCAAGUAAUAUCUUCCCUCAUAAUACACCUACCACUAAAGAAGCUUACUACUAUAGAAUGAUCUUUGAAAGGUUCUUUCCACAGAAUUCAGCAAGAUUGACCGUUCCAGGAGGUGCAAGUGUGGCUUGCAGCACUGCCAAGGCCGUUGAGUGGGACUCGGCUUGGUCUAAUAAUCUUGACCCUUCAGGAAGGGCUGCAUUAGGAGUCCAUGCCUCAGCUUAUGAACAACAGUUGAACGCAACAACCAUGCCUAAGGUCCCAAGUAAGCUCAUCAACAAGAAGCCAAGAAUAGUGGAAAUAAGUUCUCCAGGCCUAACUAUCCGAAGCUAAUGCCUUUUCUAGAGGAACAUGUUAGACCAGAAUUUUAGCAGAAAAGUAUCGUGUGAGAUAGAUUAGUUGCUUUGCUCUGCAAUCCUAUUAAAAAAGGGUCCAAAAUGUUGUAUAAGUGAUAUCCAUGGUCAAUGGAAGUUGGAAUAGAGGUUUUCUGUCCUUUUUUUUUUUUUCUUUUUGAUAAGUUUGUUGGUUAAUUUACAAGUAUCUAUUGGUUCAAUGUGUCCAGUACUCUGGGCAAAUACCAAUGUAUGCAGUCUGCGUAUUGCUCCAUAUAUAUUUGCUUUUUUGUUCAUCUGUUAAAAAGUUUUCCUUAUUAUAUAUUCCAUGUAAAUUGUUGUGCCA